AUGGAUUCUGAAGAAGAAUUAGCGUAUUAUUAUUACCAAUCUCAGCAGUAUAGUCCUAAAAAGAUCGAAGAAGAACCAGUUUCAAAAGAAAAGGUUUCAGAAAGAGUACCAGUCUUUGAUCACUCAUUGGAUGAAAAGAGUGAUGAUGACAAUGAAGAGAUUCGAAAACUUGAACUUUAUGCAAGAAAAUUUUCAACUGAUAGUGAUGAUGAUGAUUUGUUUUUUGCAGGAAAAACGGGAAAGAUCAAAGAAAAACAAGCUGCGAAAAAGAAGAAUCAUAAAGCAGCAAUUGUUAAAGAAAAAGAUGAUAGUGAUGAUGAUAAUUCGUAUUAUGCAAGAAAAAUGAAAGACAUACUAGCUGCGAUAGAUGACAGUGAUGAUGAAAAUGUUCGAGUGGUAAAGAAGAAAGUUAAAGAAAUUCCAGCUUUCAAGGUUGAGAAGGAAGCUGAUGCUAAAAAGAUGCCUGAGAAGUGUUCAAAAUGUGAUAAUUUUAGAUCAGAAAAUGUCAAACUUCUGAAAGAUGUGUAG